AACUUACUUCCCAUCCAGUAGUUCCUGCACUUACCCCCAACCUAGAAAGUCAUUACACUGCACUCACCCCUUCCCUCGACAUAUCCACCAUGUCCCCUUCCUCACCACAUCACCAGACUUACAUCCCGCACUUCCGUCUGUCAAACAUCUCUCUUCCUCACAGAGCAUCACCACCCAACUUCUAUCACUGCUACACGCUAUCCAUACCAACAACAUGGAUAUCGACCGACUCGAAAUCCCCUUGACCAACGGCGUAGCCCCAGAGGUUCCAAAUCCCCCAGCACCUCCCCACGUACCGUUAUUUCCCACUAUCAACACUUCAGUACAUCCCCGCCAGAUCGCUCCCCGCCAGAUUGCGUCCCAUCCGCAGAUGAUGUCAGUCGCAGAUCACCUCGUGGCCCUACAAUGGGAGAAGGAGAUGAAGGCCCAAAUAAUCUGUACGUCCUCCCCUCCCAACCCACCUACCACACUGACAUCUCCGCGCAGCCCACGCCCGCGCAGUAUUCGGCGUCAGCUACUCCCCAACCGCAACCUUCGACGUUGUUUUCUGUCGCGAGCUCACAUCGCCCUCAUCGCCCGCAUCGCCCCAACCCAGCGCCUUCGUGUACCGCGCGCACCUCAUCGUCUACGACAGCCCCAGCGCGAGCAACACAUGGGUGCACGUGCUGUACACGCAGCGCGAACUCGGUACUGGACCCGUGAUGUCCGAGUUGAUGCGCAUGCUGCGCGACAGGCUUGGGGGGACUUUUCGUAAGGGUUGCGCUGGGCUGGAUAUCUGGGCUCGUUGGUGGAAAUCAUUGUGCUGACUGGUUUGGAGUAGGCCGCCGCCGAAAUGAAGAUUCUGAUGAUUAACGACGAGUUCGAAAAGAUAUUGCUGUCGAUUGAGGUGGAGUGAUGGGGUUUCUUUGGUGGCCGUGGACUGUGGAGGGACUUCUUGAGAAUUGUUGGUGGGAUGUAGCGAUGGGAGAGUCAAUCGAUCAGUGUCACUCUUCUACAUCUCGGACAGUGUCUCUCCACAUCAACAACUCUU